AGAAGUCAACAACCGCAAUAACCAUUGAUUGGAACUGUACUAUUGCGUUGAAGUUGAACACGUUGCAAGUGCAAAAGCCCAAGUGUCCACAAAACCAAAAAAACGCUUACUUUUUUCUACACUCUCUUCCUGGUUCCUACUAUAAAUGCCUCACUGGAUUCUCCGCGCCCAUAACUGGUCCACUUACAAUCACUGCUUCACUUCCCUGCACCCGCACACACCCAAUCUUCCUCUCCGGAUCUCCGCUUCUGUUAUGUCUUACCGUCCUAACUACCAAGGCGGUGGCCGUCGGGGCGGCGGUGCUUCCUCUUCCGGCCGUCGUGGAGGUGGCCGUGGCGGCGGCGGUGGCAGAGGAGGAGGAGGACGCGGCGAGCAGAGGUGGUGGGACCCUGUCUGGCGAGCUGAGCGCCUCAGACAGCAACAACCUCAGAAGGAGGUGCUUGAUGAGAAUGAGUGGUGGGACAAGAUAGAGAAGAUGAAGAGAGGAGGGGAGCAGGAAAUGGUCAUCAAGCGUUACUUUAGUAUUGCAGACCAGCAAACCGUAGCUGAUAUGGCAUAUCAGCAUGGGCUGUACUUCCAUGCUUAUAAUAAAGGGAAGACUCUAGUUGUAAGCAAAGUUCCUUUGCCUGAUUACCGUGCAGAUCUUGACGAGCGUCAUGGAUCAACACAGAAGGAGAUUAGAAUGUCCACAGACAUUGAACGAAGAGUAGGGAAUCUUUUGAAUAACUCACAAUCAGUGGGGGAAGCAUCUGCUAGUUUUCCUUCUGUAUCCACUGACUUGGGACAGAAACAAUCAUUAACUGCUACGAAAUCUGUCUCUUCACAACAGAGUGAUUCUUCAAAGGAUAAACUUAAUGUUGCUCUAAAGGAAAGGCAGGAACAUAUCCAGGCAAGUGAUGGUUUGAAGGAAAUGAAGGCGUUUAGGGAGAGGCUUCCUGCAUUUAAAAUGAAGUCGGAGUUUCUGAAAGCAGUUCAGGAGAAUCAGGUAUUGGUAGUUUCAGGGGAGACAGGUUGUGGCAAAACAACACAGCUUCCACAAUUCAUUCUGGAAGAGGAAAUAGGAUCUUUGCGGGGGGCUGAUUGCAACAUAAUUUGUACUCAACCUCGGCGUAUCUCUGCAAUUUCGGUUUCAGCUCGAAUAUCUGCUGAAAGAGGGGAGAAUCUUGGCGAAACAGUUGGAUACCAAAUUCGUCUUGAAACAAAACGUUCUGCUGAAACACGCCUUCUUUUCUGCACCACUGGUGUAUUACUUCGGCAAUUGGUCCAAGAUCCACAAUUAAGUGGUGUCAGCCAUUUGCUGGUUGAUGAAAUUCAUGAAAGAGGCAUGAAUGAAGACUUUUUAAUUAUAAUUUUACGCGAUCUUCUUCCUCGGCGUCCAGAUUUGCGUCUCAUUCUUAUGAGUGCCACUAUUAAUGCUGACUUGUUCUCCAAAUACUUUGGAAAUGCCCCAACAAUACACAUACCGGGGUUUACUUAUCCUGUGGAGGAGCACUUCCUAGAAGAUGUGUUGGAGAAAACUCGAUAUAGCAUUAAGGCAGAAUUUGACAAUUUUGAGGGGAACUCUAGGAGGAGAAGGAAACAACAGGAUUCUAAGAAGGAUCCGUUGACUGAAAUGUUUGAGGAUAUUGAUGUAGAUACUCAUUACAAAAAUUAUAGCGUAGGUGUUAGAAAAUCUCUUGAUGCUUGGUCAGGUUCACAGAUUGAUUUGGGUCUGGUAGAGGCAACAAUUGAAUAUAUCUGUCGGAAAGAAGGUGACGGAGCAAUUCUUGUAUUUCUUACUGGCUGGGAUGAGAUCUCUAAGCUACUUGACAAACUUAAAGUUAAUAACUUGCUUAGUGAUCCUAACAAGUUUUUGAUCCUUCCUCUGCAUGGCUCAAUGCCUACUGUCAACCAACGUGAAAUAUUUGACCGUCCUCCCCCUAACAAGAGAAAAAUUGUCCUAGCAACAAAUAUCGCCGAGAGUAGCAUCACCAUAGAUGAUGUUGUGUAUGUCAUAGACUGUGGCAAAGCAAAGGAGACCAGUUAUGAUGCUUUAAAUAAGCUAGCCUGUCUGUUACCAUCGUGGAUUUCAAAGGCUUCAGCUCAUCAGAGACGUGGCCGUGCAGGUAGAGUGCAACCUGGAGUUUGUUAUAGAUUGUAUCCAAAACUGAUCCACGAUGCAAUGCCACAGUAUCAGUUAGCUGAAAUCCUUCGAACACCAUUGCAAGAGUUGUGCCUGCAUAUCAAAAGUUUGCAGCUUGGAGCUGUGGCGUCAUUUUUAGAAAAGGCACUUCAGCCACCAGAUCCUCUCGCUGUUCAGAAUGCUAUUGAGCUUCUAAAAACGAUUGGGGUUUUGGAUGACAAGGAAGAGCUUACCCCACUGGGUCGGCAUCUUAGCACCAUACCUUUGGACCCAAAUAUUGGAAAGAUGCUUCUCAUGGGCUCUAUCUUUCAAUGCCUUAACCCUGCCUUAACAAUUGCUGCAGCUCUUGCAUAUCGCAACCCAUUUGUCUUGCCAAUUAACAGAAAAGAGGAAGCUGAUGAUGCAAAACGAGCUUUUGCUGGUGAUUCUUGCAGUGAUCACAUAGCUCUUCUAAAGGCAUUUGAAGGAUGGAAGGAGGCAAAACGUAGUGGGAAUGAGAAGCAGUUUUGUUGGGACAAUUUUCUAUCCUCAUUAACCUUGCGGUUAAUUGAUGAUAUGAGAUUACAGUUUCUCAAUUUAUUAUCUGACAUCGGAUUUGUUGACAAGUCCAGGGGUCCUAAUGCCUACAACCAGUACAGUCAUGAUUUGGAGAUGGUUUGUGCAAUCCUUUGUGCCGGGCUCUACCCUAAUGUUGUUCAGUGCAAAAGAAGAGGAAAACGGACGGCGUUCUAUACGAAAGAAGUUGGGAAGGUUGACAUCCAUCCAGCUUCUGUCAAUGCCGGGGUUCAUCUCUUCCCUUUGCCUUACAUGGUAUAUAGUGAAAAGGUGAAAACCAGCAGCAUCUAUGUUAGAGACUCUACCAACAUUUCAGAUUAUGCCCUGCUUCUGUUUGGCGGUAAUCUUGUCCCCGGCAAAAAUGGCGAGGGCAUUGAGAUGCUUGGAGGUUACCUUCAUUUCUCUGCUUCAAAGAGUGUCAUUGACUUGAUAAGGAAAUUACGUGGAGAGCUUGACAAGCUUCUGAACAGAAAAAUUGAAGAACCAGGAUUGGACAUUACUACAGAAGGAAAGGGAGUGGUUGCUGCUGCUGUUGAGUUGCUUCACAGUCAAACCAUUCGCUGAUUUCUUUUUUCAUUCAUAAGGGUUUGUUCUUCUGCUGAGUCCUGCCAUUCAUUAGUAAUAGUAUGAUAUAGAUUUCUUAUGAUUUUGCUAGCAGCUUUUUUUAAUCACUUAUAUGGAAUGUACAUGUGUUAUAUCUGUUUUGUCUUGUUUAGGAUGGAAAUACUAAUGUUAGACAACAAAAGUAGAAAAGGGACCGAUUUUAACAUUGUAUUCUUACCAACAUAGGAGGAAAAAAAGGGUUAGCAGUAGCAUUAUUUGUCUGGUGCGUGCGAGGGAGAAUGGCAUGUGGGUCAGUGUUUUCAUGUUUCGUCGGAGUUUAAUGAACAAGAGUAAAUUAUAUUAUUGUUCAAUUAA